UGAUUUUUUAUGUGGGUGUGUGGAAACGUCAAAUAAUUCGUUUACUUGUGAUAUUUCUAGUUUACUGCACAUUUUACCGGAUAUUUGUUUUUUCAAAAUAUAAUGUCCGAAAAUCUAAAUGUGCCAAGCUCUGCAUCAUCGGAUAGUGAUUCUACAGAGCACAAAGAUUAUAGUAACGAUCAUUUCACUGAUGGUAUUUCCAUAACUUACGACGGUGUUAAAAAAGUGGAUAUAUUGGCAGAAUGUUGUCCUGCAUCGCCUACUACGAUACCUGUAAAAACAAAUCGCUCAAACUCUUCUGGAUCCCAGAUACGCUCUCCGAAGCCAAGACGACAGCGGACUUCAUCGGUUAAUCAAAAUACGAUAAAUUCAAAUGAAGCAAUUAUACGAUCCAACAAUCGCACCAUCUAUACAGCGGGCAGACCUCCUUGGUACAAUUGUGCUGGACAACAAGUGGAACCAUUCGUGAUAGGUAUUUGUGGAGGAAGUGCUUCGGGAAAAACUACUGUUGCGCAGAAAAUUAUAGAGAGCUUAGAUGUCCCGUGGGUGACCCUUCUUUCUAUGGAUUGUUUCUAUAGAAUAUUAAACGAAAAACAACAUGUUCAAGCAACUAGAAAUGAAUAUAACUUCGACCAUCCAGACGCAUUUGAUAUGGAACUAAUGAAAGAAGUUCUUCAACGGCUGAAAGAAGGACGCAAAGUUGAGGUGCCUGUUUAUAACUUUGUUAGCCACUCCAGAGAGGCACAUACGAAAACAAUGUAUGGAGCUAAUGUAAUAAUUUUCGAAGGUAUACUUACUUUCCAUAAUCCGGGGAUACUGAAAAUGUUGGACAUGAAAAUUUUUGUUGACACCGACUCUGAUAUACGUCUUGCAAGGCGUCUAAAGCGUGACAUCCAGCAGCGAGGACGUGAUUUGGAUGGAGUGUUGAAACAAUAUUCUACCAUGGUUAAACCAGCGUACAGUAAUUAUAUUGCUCCCACGAUGGUUCACGCCGAUAUUAUAGUCCCUCGUGGAUCCAGUAAUUUUGUUGCGAUUCAGUUGGUAGUUCAACAUGUACACACUCAACUACAAUUGAGAGGAUUCAAGUUACGGGAGGCACUUGCUCAUUCUUAUAUAGGUCAACCAAUGCCUGAUUCGCUAAAAUUAUUACCAACCACACCACAGAUCAAAGGGUUACACACAUUCAUUCGCAAUGCUAGUACACCGCGGGAUGAGUUUAUAUUUUAUUCUAAACGCCUAAUUCGACUAGUACUGGAAUAUGCUCUUAGCCUGCUGCCUUUCAAAAGCGUAGAUGUUGAAACACCACAAAAUAUAAUGUAUCAUGGCAUACGUAUGGAAUGUCAAAAAAUUUGUGGCGUGUCUAUUCUUCGUGCUGGUGAGACUAUGGAGCAAGCAGUUAGCGAUGUUUGUAAACAUAUAAGAAUAGGAAAAAUUCUUAUUCAAACAAAUCAAUUAACAGGAGAACCAGAGUUGUACUAUCUACGUCUGCCAAAGGAUAUAAAAGAUUAUCGGGUAAUUUUGAUGGACGCUACAGUGGCAACCGGAGCAGCAGCAAUUAUGGCCAUACGCGUGUUGUUGGAUCAUGACGUGCCAGAAGAAAACAUCAUGCUGGUUUCUCUUUUGAUGGCCGAGAUUGGCGUUCACUCCAUUGCAUACGCCUUUCCGCAAGUGCAAAUUGUUACUUCUGCACUUGACCCUGAAAUCAACGAAAAGUUUUACGUUAUACCAGGCAUUGGAAACUUUGGAGACAGAUAUUUCGGUACCGAGCCAACAGACUCUGAAUGCUUAUUCGUAUAAUUCACCAAUCCAACAAUGAACCGUAUCUUUACUUAUUGGUGAUCUAUGUUUAUACCAUUUACCACUUUCAAUUGAAUGAAUGAUUGCUAUGUCUACUUUUUCUUCUGAAACAACAUUUUCGCUAGAAAACAUGUUUUGAUUUAUUUCGUAGUUCAUUAAUUCAUCUUGAAUAUUUUAACAAGUAGAGUGGAUGUAAAUAAAAGUCCUGUCUAAUUCUAAAACCAUAUUUAUUUAAUCGAACGCGUAAUUUUCAAGUUGGAUAUUCAGAUCUAGAUCAAAGGAAUUAACUCUGCUUCGAGAUUGUUAUGAUAAAAUAAAAAAGUUAAGGAGGCAAAUUAAA